AUGCAUCCUGGGCCGGAUUCUAUGGGUGCACCAUCGAGCUUGACUGCUCGCCGGCCUAACGCUUCAUCUCUGCCUAACUUUGAGCUCCCUCCUCCUCCGCUCUCGAACAUCCAGAAAUUCCCCACUUUCUCAUCCAACAACUCGCAGUCUCCCGCGACAGGCAACAUAGGCAAUCUUCUGACGCCGCCUAGCAAUCUGUCUGACGGUAUGAGCUCCCACGCGCAGUCGUCGCAAAACAUGUCCUACAACCCGAACGGCUACGUUUGGUCGCCGCCUCCCCAAGGCUCCACGCCAUAUGGUUUCCAGACGCAAGCUCCUUCGACGUCACAGUCAUACGCCACUCCUCGAGGCUUGCCUCCGCCCCCGUACGAACUCAACCAUCUUCCACCUUUCCCUUCUUCAGGAUCCAUGUCCGCCCCUUCAUCCUUGCCGACCAUGUCAGGCCCGCAGAGCUCCAUGUCCAGCAUGAUGAACUCGCAAAACCCGGUUUCCUCUUCGGCGCCGCACCAGUCUCCCAUCCACUCUCACCAGGACUCGUAUUCGUCAAGGCUGCCACCCACACCCACUUACCACUACAACUCUCAGCACUCUACCACCCCGCAACAGUCGAACUUCCCCUAUUCUACCGGACCUUCUCCAACCCAGCCUAGCCCUCUGAGCGCGGGCGCUGGCAUGCACAGGAUGUCUCCUGCCCAUAGCUCCGCCCAGGUCCCUUCGAUGCAGUCUGGACCCGCGCACUCGCCUCUUCCGUACCAACGGCCGUACCAGAGCUACCCGCUUCCUGGACCGGUGCUUUCCAACGUCAACAACCCGAACGGUCAGCUCGCGUUGGUCGGUGGCAUGCACCAUGGUGGCAUGAUGCCCGGAUUCCCUAACAGUGGACACGCUGCGAGUAUGGGCCACAUGUACGGUCAACCACAUCCCGGAGCCCACCAGGCACCGCCGAACGACCGCCCCUUCAAGUGCGACCAGUGCCCGCAGAGCUUCAACCGGAAUCACGACUUGAAGCGUCACAAGCGGAUCCAUUUGGCGGUGAAGCCGUUCCCGUGCGGUCACUGCGACAAGAGUUUCUCGCGCAAAGACGCGCUUAAGAGGCACAUCCUUGUCAAGGGCUGUGGAAAGGCCGCAGCAGCAGCAGAAGCCGACAAGCACGACGGAUCCGUUUCGCCAAAAGGCUCGAUGAUCAGCGAGUCAAGCGAGCACAAGCCUGUUCUUUCGGGCCACUAA